ACUUGUAAUCACGAGCAAUCACAAACGUCAACGAUGUCGCGAGUAACGUGUCUAUGGGCUAUUCUACUUCUUACUAGCAAUGCAUUUGCAACGAUACAAAACAAAGGAUGGUGGAAAAACAUGGUAUUCUACCAGGUUUAUCCGCGAAGUUUUAUGGAUUCAAAUAAUGACGGCGUGGGCGAUUUAAAAGGAGUGAUUUCGAAACUGCAGCACUUCGUGGAUUCUGGAAUCGGUGGCGUUUGGCUAUCGCCGAUUUACGCGAGUCCAAUGGUAGAUUUUGGAUACGAUAUAUCCGAUUUUAAAGAUAUCGAUCCCAUCUUUGGCACGAUGCAAGAUUUAAAGGAGUUGACUGCUCAAGCGAAGAAACUUGGCAUAAAGGUAAUUAUGGAUUUAGUUCCAAACCAUACUUCUGACAAGCACGAGUGGUUUAGAAAAAGUUUAAAGGGCGAAGGCAAAUACAAAGAUUAUUAUAUAUGGAAAACUGGUAAGAAUAACAAUCAAUCACCGCCCAACAAUUGGAUUAGCGUGUUCAGCGGUCCGGCUUGGAUGAAGACUGCCACUCGCAAUUUAUGGUACUUCCAUCAAUUUGAAUAUAGACAACCCGAUUUGAACUACAGUAAUCCUGAAGUGCGAGAUGAAAUGGAAGAAGUGAUUAGAUUCUGGCUGCGAAAGGGUAUUGAUGGUUUCCGUAUAGAUGCCAUCCCGCAUUUAUUCGAACGUGCAGACUUUCCGGAUGAACCUAAGAGUAACGUACCAGGGGCCACUGAGCGAGAUUAUACAUAUCUAAAUCAUAUUUACACUACAGACGAUCCACGCACAUACGAUAUUGUAGCAAGCUGGCGAAAAGUAUUGGACGAUUAUGCGGAUUAUCAUAACGAAGACGAAAAAAUAAUUAUGACUGAGGCUUAUACCAACUUGGAGAAUACCACGAAAUAUUACAAAUUUGGUUCUCAUGUGCCUUUUAACUUCAACUUUAUUAUAAAUGUAAACAAUACCUCCAAAGCGGUAGAUUUUAAACGCAUUAUCGAUGACUGGAUGUCUUAUACGCCCAGUGAUGGAGUUCCAAAUUGGGUGAUGGGAAAUCAUGAUCGUAGCCGGACUGCGUCUCGUUAUCCCGGAAGAGGAGAUCAGAUGACGAUGCUGGAGAUGAUUCUGCCUGGCAUCGCAGUUACGUACAAUGGCGAAGAAAUCGGUAUGUUGGACAAACGAGAUAUAUCAUGGGAGGAUACCAAAGAUCCUCAAGCUUGUAACGCCGGCAAGGAUAAAUAUCAAAAUCAAUCGCGCGAUCCUAAUCGCACGCCGUUCCAAUGGGAUGCCACAAAAAAUGCUGGUUUUAAUAUUGGUAACCGCACAUGGCUUCCGGUGCACGAAAAUUACAAGGAGUUGAAUUUGGCAGCUCAAAAGGUGGCCAGCGAGUCGUCUUAUAAGAUUUACACUUCUUUAACUAAGUUGCGUCGCAGUAAGCUUGCACUUCAACGGGGAAGUCUCAAGACGCUCGUGCAGAAUAAUGGUCAAGUUUUGAUUGUAAUUCGACAAUUUGCUUCGGAAAGUGUAGUACUUCUCAUCAAUUUCGAUGACAAAGUCGCUCAGGUAGUUGAUUUGAGAGGUCAAGGACUUUCCAACAAGCUCGUGGUUGAACUUGCAACCAUCGGUUCUCCAGUCAAAGCGGGAUUUUGGGAUUCAACAAGUGCAAACGGCAACAUGUUGUCGGCGACGCGUUUGUGCGCACUUUUGCUCGUUGCGAGCACUGCUUUUGCUGAGAUCACAAAUAAAAACUGGUGGCAAAACACCGUUUUCUACCAGAUUUAUCCGAGGAGUCUGAAAGAUUCAAAUGCCGAUGGCGUGGGCGACUUGAAAGGAAUAACUUCAAAAUUGCGCUAUUUCGUAAGCACUGGCAUUAAUGCAAUCUGGCUCUCGCCCAUAUAUCCCAGUCCCCAGGUCGACUUCGGAUACGACAUAUCCAAUUUCAUUGACAUCGAUCCGACUUAUGGAACACUGAAAGACUUUGGCACUCUUCUGCAGAUCGCUAAAAAACUUGGUUUAAAAGUAGUUCUCGAUCUUGUGCCAAAUCAUACAUCUGACCAGCAUCCAUGGUUCCAAAAAGCUCUUAAGGGCGACCCAAAAUACAAGGACUAUUACGUGUGGGCAAAUGGCACGGGAGAAAACGGCAAAUUGGCACCAAACAAUUGGAUCAGCGUGUUUAGUGGCCCCGCGUGGGACUAUUACCCUGAAGUCGGUGAAUGGAAUUUUCAUCAAUUUGCUAAACAACAGCCCGACUUAAAUUACCGCAAUCCCGCUGUGCGAGAAGAAAUGAUAAACGUCUUGAAAUUCUGGCUGGACAGGGGUAUAGACGGAUUCCGCGUCGAUUCCACUGCGUUCACAUUCGAAGACCCAAAUUUGCGAGAUGAACCUAGGUCUCACGCACCUGGCGCCACACCACAUGAUUACACGUAUUUGAAUCACAUUUACACCACAGAUCUUAUCGAGACCUAUGAAUUAUAUGGAACUUGGCGAAAAUACCUGGACGACUAUGCCGAUCAACACAAUCAGGAUCAAAAGUUACUGGUGAUGGAGGCGUAUACCAAUUUCAAGAACACUACAUUAUAUUAUAAAUAUGGCACGCUGCCAUUUAAUUUUAUGUUUAUCUCAAAUAUAACUAAAAAUUCGACCCCGGAAGAUUACAAAGAAUCUAUAGACCGUUGGUUAAAUGCAAUGCCGAAGAAUGAAGUAGCUAAUUGGGUGAUGGGAAAUCACGACAAUUCACGCGUCUCUUCUCGUUUUCCUGGCAGAGGGGAUCAAAUGAACAUAUUAUCUAUGAUCUUACCGGGUUUGGCGGUAACGUAUAACGGCGACGAAAUCGGCAUGGUGGACAAAAGAGACAUAUCGUGGGAGGACACACUAGAUCCUCAGGCGUGUCUUGUGGGCAAAGAGAAAUAUCAAGCCGUGUCUCGCGAUCCUGAACGUACGCCAUUCCAAUGGGACGCGACAAAGAAUGCAGGAUUUAGCACGGCGAAUAAGACGUGGCUUCCAGUAAACGAAAAUUACAAAGAGUUAAAUUUGGCGAAUCAACUAAGAGCUAGGACAUCGCACUACAAGACCUACAAAACCUUAGCGCUGAUGCAUCGAUUUGAUCCAGCUCUUACCAAAGGAAGUUAUAGAUCAUUUACUACAAACAAUAAUACCGUUCUCGGUGUGGUACGAAAUAUUGGCAAACGAUAUGUGGUGCUUUUAAUUAAUUUCAGCGACGACGAAAGCCAACUCGUCGAUUUGCAUGAUCAAAAACUUCCAAAAGUUCUCGUGGUCAAGACCUCCAGUUUAAAUUCUGGCGUGAAAGAUAGAACUAAGGUUUACUCAAUUUGGGAUUCAACAAGUGCAAACGGCAACAUGUUGUCGGCGGCGCGUUUGUGCGUUCUUUUGCUCGUUGCGAGCACUGCUUUUGCUGAGAUCACAAAUAAAAACUGGUGGCAAAACACCGUUUUUUACCAGAUUUAUCCGAGGAGUCUGAAAGAUUCAAAUGCCGACGGCGUGGGCGACUUGAAAGGAAUAAUUUCAAAAUUGCACUAUAUCGCAAGCACUGGCAUUAGUGCAGUCUGGCUCUCGCCCAUAUAUCCCAGUCCCCAGGUCGACUUCGGAUACGACAUAUCCGAUUUCAUUGGCAUCGAUCCGACUUAUGGAUCACUGGAAGACUUCAACACUCUUCUGCAGAUCGCUAAAAAACUUGGUUUAAAAGUAGUUCUCGAUCUCGUGCCAAAUCAUACAUCUGACAAGCAUCCAUGGUUCGAAAAAGCUCUUCAGGGCGACCUAAAAUACAAGAACUAUUACGUGUGGGCAAACGGCACGGGAGAAAACGGCACAUUGCCACCUAACAAUUGGGUCAGCGUGUUUGGUGGUUCCGCGUGGGAAUAUUCCCCUGAAGUCGGUGAAUGGUAUCUUCAUCAAUUUGCUAAAGAACAGCCCGACUUAGAUUAUUACAAUCCGGAGGUGCGAGAGGAAAUGGAAAACGUCUUGAAAUUCUGGCUGGACAGGGGUAUAGACGGAUUCCGCGUCGAUUCCACUCCGUACAUGUACGAAGACAAAGAAUUGCGAGAUGAACCUUUGUCUCACAAACCUGGCACUACACCAAGUGAUUACACGUAUUUGAUUCACAGUUACACCACGGAUCUUAUCGAGACCUAUGAAUUAUUUGGAUCUUGGCGAAAAUACCUGGAUGACUAUGCCGAUCAACACAAUCAGGAUCAAAAGUUACUGGUGAUGGAGGCGUAUACCAAUUUUAAGAACACCACAUUAUAUUAUAAAUAUGGCGCGCUGCCAUUUAAUUUUCAGUUUGUCAUAAAUUUAAAUAAAACUUCGACCGCGCCAGAAUACAAAGAAUCUAUAGACCUUUGGAUAAAUGCAUUGCCGAAGGAUGAAGUAGCUAAUUGGGUGAUGGGAAAUCACGACAAUCCACGCGUCUUUUCUCGUUAUCCCGGCAGAGGGGAUCAAAUGACCAUGUUAUCUAUGAUCUUACCGGGUUUGGCGGUAACGUAUAACGGCGACGAAAUCGGCAUGGUGGACAAAAGAGACAUAUCGUGGGAGGACACACUAGAUCCUCAGGCGUGUAUUGCGGGCAAAGAAAGAUAUCAAGCCGUGUCACGCGAUCCUGAACGUACGCCAUUCCAAUGGGACGCGACAAAGAAUGCAGGAUUUAGCACGGCGAAUACGACGUGGCUUCCAGUAAACGAAAAUUACAAAGAGUUAAAUUUGGCGAAUCAACUAAGAGCUAGGACAUCGCACUACAAGACCUACAAAACUUUAGCGCUGAUGCAUCGAUUUGAUCCAGCUCUUACCAAAGGAAGUUAUAGAUCGUUCACUACAAACAAUGAUACCGUUCUCGGUGUGGUACGAAAACAUGGCAAACGAUAUGUGGUGCUUUUAAUUAAUUUCAGCGACGACGAAAGCCAACUUGUCGAUUUGCAUGAUCAAAAACUUCCACAUGUUCUCGAGGUCAAGACCUCCAGUUUAAAUUCUGGCGUGAAAGAUAGAACUAAGGUUUACUCGAAUAAUAUUGAUUUACCUGCUAAAGCUGCUGUAGUAUACACAACAGGUGAUAAUGGACACCAUGGACACCAUGGACAUGAUAAUGGUGGACACCAUGGACACCAUGGUGAACACCAUGAACACCAUUAUUAAGGAUUGAAGUACUACUUUGGUUGCUUUUAUGGAUUAUAAUUUUUUCUGCGAUAAAAAUAAACAAUGAAUAUAAUAAAUGAAAUAAGAAUAAAUAAAUUUAAUUAAUUAUAA